UGAGGCACCGCUGUGACCAUGCGACGUCACGUGGGUGGCUCCCAUUUCAUGUGAUUCCGCUCAGCUGUAGAUCUGAAGAAAAAGGUGCCGGCAGAGGUAAUGGCCAGUAACAAAUACCAGACCGUCGUGCAGGGCGAGGCUUCUGAGACGGACUCGGACGAAGAGGCUUACAUUACCUCCCUGUCUUCCUCCUACCCCGUCGCGGCCGGGGUUAAAGUGCUCGGCGAGGCUUCGGAAACGGACAGCGAGGACGAGGCCGGGGGCGCGACGAGACCCAUCGAGGUGCGGGCGGCCACCGAGGACGUGCAGAAGGACCUGCCCCCGCUGAUAGUGAUCAGAAACCCCCCCGACAGUCCGGUUUCGGCCGCGGAGGAGAAACCGGUGCUCAGGCUGCGGCAGGGCGGGCGCUACAGCACGUUACUGCAGCAGAAACUGCAGGAGAGCAACGCCCGCCUGUGCGGCGACGUGACCCAGACGGUGAGGCAGGUGUACCAGAACGCCACCAAAGAGAUUCGCCUGGCCACUGCUCACCUGAACAAUUCCCAGAACGGCAUCAUCAACGCCUCGCACAGCAUCCGCCUUGUCCUGGAGGACCUGAAGUCCGUGUCGGAAAAGAUCGACAUCAUCACGAGUUGUAACCUGCUACCCGACAUCAGAAUAAGCACUCCCCAGCUCGGACUUAAGGAGUGCUGACUUCAGUGCCAUUAACGCUGCAGCGAGCCACACGCACACACUGUACACUGGCCCCCAGCUCCCGGCUCCCGGCUCCCUCUUCUUGUGACGGUAUUACAGAACGCACAGCAUUGUCGUGCUUUGCAGGAUCAUGCUGUGAAUAAAACUUGAAAUGAGAAAGUGACUAAAAGAUAUUGCACAGUCAUCUAGAGUUUGUAUUAGUAAAAGUACUUCAACUCUG